AUGCGCCUUACAGAGUCACUAGGAUUGACUCCUCUAAAUCUACUGAUAGACGCCCUCAUAUGGAUCAUAGUGGCCACACCAAUUGGACUAAUGUACUACUUCAUACGACCGACGAACAAAGGUUUCUUUUGUGAUGAUAAAUCAUUGAGUUAUCCCUAUCGAGAAGACACGAUUCCGCCAAUUUAUAUGUACUUGACCACCUGUUUGACUCCCCUCGUCCUGAUCACGGCGACAGAAUGGAUCAAUUGGCAGUUCUUAGACAAAACAAUCGGCAAUGGGACACAAUACUCAACUACCAUCCGAGCCUACACGAUUUUUCUUUUCGGAAUCACGCUGAACCAGUUCUUUGUUGAUAUUCCCAAAUACUUUGUACGUGAACUUAGACCCAAUUUUCUCGACGUAUGUCGACCCAACUUCACCAGUUGUGAUGGGUAUGUGACAGACUAUGAAUGCACAAACAAAGCGAUGUCGGAGAAUGAUAUAAUCGACACAAUGAGGUCUUUUCCAUCAGGACAUGCAGCCAUUUGUAUGUUUUCGGCCCUCUACACCGUGCUUUAUCUAGAACUCCGAUUUGAUAUCAAAAUAAGCCGCUUCUUGAAGCCUUCAAUGCAAAUGGCUUUAUUAAUAGUGUCAGCAUGGGCUGGUAUGACUCGUGUCUCAGACCACAAGCAUCACCUCCAAGAUGUCAUCGUCGGUGGAGCUAUUGGUGUGAUGGUAGCCAGUGCUGUGUUUUACAAAAUUACCUGUCCGAGUUUACGACAACAGCAAGUUAAGACACCACCCCCGUUCAACAAUAUUGGGGAGCCACAAACACCGACGCCUCUCAUCCUGAAGCCAAGAUGCUGA